GAGUCGUGAUGCAUUUCCGCCUCCCCUCUACAACUCUCUCUCUCUCUCAUAUUCUUCUUUUCCGAUCCCCAUUGUUGAAACUCCUACACUUCUAUGUCUCUCAUUCAACAUCGAGCUUGCCCUUCAAAGUCUCCUCUCACCAAACCAUCCCAAUUUGUCAAUUUUCUUUGAAAAUUCAAGCUAUGCGAAUAUGGCAUUAAGCAAAACUCUAGGUUCCAGCGGCGCGGCGAAGUGUUAAAUUCAUCCAAUAACACUAACAAUAACAAGAAUUACUGAUCAGAAAACACCCAAGGCGUCGUUCAGGGAGCUGUCUCUCUUCUCUACUCGCUCUCUCUUUAGCGCUGCUCCAUUUUCUGAUUUCCGCAGCAUCACCUGGUGUAUUAUCCGAAAAUGGCCAAAAUUAUGGAUAGAACUGAGGAUUUCAAGGAGGCUGUUCGCCGUGAAGCUGUUUCUUUGGAGUAUAAUGAGUCUAAAGUGGCUGCUAUAAUGGCAUCAUUUAUCAUUCACAAGCCUCGUGAAAGGACUCCUUUCAUGAAAUCUUCUUUGAAAACACUUGAGAGCAUUGGAGAAUUGGGACAGUAUUUGAUGAAACAUAAGCGCGAUUAUGUUGAUAUGCAUCGGACAACCGAACAUGAGAGAGAUAGCAUUGAGCAAGAAGUUACUUCUUUCGUUAAAUUGUGUCAAAAGCAGAUAGAGGUUCUAAAAGCUAGUAUAAGUGACGAAGAAGCAAAUUCGAAGGGCUGGCUUGGUAUGAGGACAGAUGGUUCUAAUGCUGAUACAAUUGCACAUAAACAUGGAGUGGUUUUGAUAUUGAGCGAAAAGCUUCAUACAGUUACAUCAGAAUUUGAUCGACUAAGAGCUGUACGGUUCCAAGAUGCUUUGAAUAGAACAAUGCCCAGAAGAAAACGUAGCCGUAUCUCCGACCAAACUGCAAUAGAUAAUUUGAAAUCAAAGCUUCCAGAGGUUAAGGAACAUGAUGAAGUAGAACCCAGUCCCCAAAGAGUCCAAGAACAGCUUUUGGAUGAUGAUACUCGUGCACUUCAGGUGGAGCUGAGUAAUCUCCUUGAUGCUGCUCAAGAAACUGAAACUAAAAUGGUGGAGAUGUCUGCACUGAAUCACCUCUUGGCUACACAUGUUCUCCAGCAAGUCCAACAGAUUGAAUACUUGUACGAUCAGGCAGUUGAAGCAACCAAAAAUGUGGAGCUUGGCAACAAAGAGCUGACGCAGGCCAUACAGCGAAAUAGCAGUAGCAGAAUAUUUAAUGUGAUGUUUGUGGUUGUACUUAUUUUAGCGGUCCUAUUUCUUGACUGGUAUAAUUGAAGUAUGUAUUAUGUAUAGAGGUUUCAACAAUCAACAGCUGCAAGCUUAUUAGUCAUCACUAAAGAAGAUGGUCCUUGUUUAUUUUUCCAUGAAA